AAUUGUUUAUAAAAUUUAUGGAGUAAAUAGCAAUCGGUUGUUGUCAUUGUAUAAUUAUUCAUUCGUCUUUUGUAAUUUUGAUAAUAAACCAUGAUGAGGCACGUGAUUAUUGGUGGUGGUACCGGUUUCAUUGGAAGAGCACUUGCAUAUUCGCUCAGAAAUGAAGGCCAUACUGUUUCUAUUAUAUCCCAAAACACAAGGGGUCCUGAAUAUAUUUCAUGGGAAACUUUAUCGAUAAAAGGAUUGCCUGAAGAUACAACAGACGUAAUUAAUGUUUCUGGACAAAAUAUUUUAGAUCCAAUGAAACGAUGGAAUGAAGAAUUUAAAAAUGAAGUAUGGAAUAGCCGAGUCCGAACAACAAAAUUACUAGCGAAUGCUGUCAAUAAAAAAUCUGAUGUUAAAUCAUUUCUCACAAUAUCUGGAGUCGCGUAUUAUAAACCUGAUGAUAAUAAAGAAUACAAUGAGUAUGAUAAAUGUGAGCCGUAUGAUUAUUUAUCAGAAUUGACACAUGCUUGGGAAAAAGCUGCGGAACUUUCUCCGAAUUCGUCAUGUCGACAGAUCACAAUAAGAUCUGGUGUAGUGUUGGGAAGAUAUGGUGGUAUGAUUCAACAAGUAAUAAUCCCUUUUUUCCUAGGCCUCGGUGGCCCUAUUGGCAGUGGAAAACAAAUCAUGCCUUGGAUUCAUAUAAGUGAUUUAGUUGACUUAUUUCGUUUUGCAAUUGAAGAAGAAAAAGUCAAGGGUAUUUUGAAUGGCGUUUCACCUCAGAUCAUAACGAAUAAAGAAUUUGCUAAAGCUUUUGGCCGAGCAAUGUGGAGACCGGCGUUUAUUCCAUUACCAGAAUUCGCAGUUAAUCUUAUUUUUAGUUCAGAGCGAGCCAGAAUCAUGACAGACGGUCAAAAAGUAAUACCUAAACGAGUACUUGAGUAUGGUUUCGAGUAUUCGUUUCCACAAAUUGAUGAGGCAUGCCAACAAUUUGCUGAUAUCGCUUAUCCGCAUUCAUAUUAGUAACUGAAUAGCUUUUCUCUUUAUUAUAAAAAAAAAAAAUUAAAGUACUGGAUAAUAAAAAGUUGUAUUAUUAUUUAUUAUCAAAAAUACGAUACUGAAAUCAGCCGAUACUUGAAAAUUGUUUGA